CAGCUCCACACAGUUGGCAUGACCCAGGAGGCAGUGGGGGAAUGGGGGGGGAGCAAGAGAGAGGCAGGGACAGAGAGAAACAGAAAGAGAGAGAAGGAUAGGGAGAAUUCUGAGAGAGGUGAAAGUGGAAGGAACUCUGGACCCUUUUCCCCCAAAAUUCACCCUUCGGGGAAAACUUUCUUGGCGCUAAAGCAACACGUGACAGGCAGAUAGAUAUCGGUGCAAUUGUCCAGAGAAAUUGCCUGAUUAAAUGCGCCUGACUGAAGUUCUAUCCCCCCUCCUCCGUCAAGUCUCUCUCUCCCUCUCCAGUUUUAUCUUUAACUUACUCUGCUGUCCCCAAGGAAUCUCUCUGUAAAGGGACAGACAAGGUUCCAUUCCUCCUGGGCUCUUCCUGUGGGGGAUAAAAAGCCAGGAUCCCUCUCUCUCUACUUCUGUCCAGCUCUUCUCUCUGUCCUCUUUCUCUCCAUCCCACCAUCAUGACCUUGCUGGCCUCUGAGAGGUCAAUUCUCAUUCGCAGCAAAUUCCGCUCAGUUUUGCAGUUGAGAAUUCAGAAUCGAAGACAGCAAAAUGAGAUCAACGCUGAAUCUGGGCUGAAAAGUUCUUGCCCGCCUAAGAAAGGGGAGAAGGAGACGAGUCAAGCCGUGCGUCAAACAGACGAUGGCGCCACUCAGAAGUCGCCCCCUAGUGGUCUGACUGCAGGAACUGCACAAGCAGACCCGAGUGUUGGAGGGGCUCAGAGGCAGAAGAGGGCGCGGCUGGCUGAUGACCUAAGUGAGAAGAUUCAGCGUCGCCCCAGCCCCCUGGAGCUCCACAAGAAGAACAGGAUUCCCCUGGAGAACACUUCAAUCUCCUUCCCUGUGACCUCUGAUGUCUUCGAAGACGACAUCUCCUGCUCCUGCUCCUCUUCCUCCUCGUCUCCUGGGCAACUCGGGGUGCACCAAUCCCCCGCUUUUUCUCUGUCGCCGGGGCUGGGCAGUGAUCAGUCAUUGAGUGACCUUUCACCUGUGAACACGCCUCUGAGCCACAGCCCAAACCAGUGCAGCUUGGCGUUGCUCCCGGCAACCGAGAGCAUCAACCAGCCAAUGACCAUGACUGUGGGUGAGACGAACUCCAUGGCAACGACCGGGAGAUCGAAAGGAAUGUAUAUGACCUCUCAGACCACACCAUUGCUGCCAAAGACAGCCACAGCUCCACAGCCCAUCCCCCUUCCUCAUUCCACACUGGGCUCAUCCCUCACUUCAACGAGACCGCCUCGGCCCAAAAAGACCCGGGAUUCCAAGCCCAAGAUGAGGGAGCUGAAGUACCACCAGUACAUUCCCCCAGACCAGCGGGGAGGGGCAGGGAGUGGCUCAUCCAGUAACUCCUCCCAGAAGAACACCGCCCCCGCCCAGCCCAUCGACCCCACCUACUCAUGCCUCCUGCAGCAGCAGCAGGUGUUCCUCCAGCUGCAGAUCCUCAACCAGCAGCAACAGCUCACCGUGGCAACCAGCAGCGAUAAGCAGGUGGUGCGGCUCUCUGCAGCUCCAAAGCAGACUCAGCCCCCGGCUCCCCCGCCAGCAAGCCCAGCGUCUGUGGACAGGAGUCGCCCUCAGAAGCCCGAGUUACUCCCUACCAAUCUGGAUGACCUCACAGUGUCUGAGCUGCGGCAGCAGCUGCGUAAGCGUGGUCUACCCGUCUCUGGCACCAAACCUGCCCUGCUGGUGCGCCUGCGCCCCUUCCAGCGCCCCCUCGCCUGCCUCACACCUGUCCCUCUGUGUCAGCUCGGUUCCUCUCUGGACUCCAGCAACAGCCCCACCAGCCACUCCCCUGAGCCUCCAGCCAACCCGGGACACGUCUACAUCCAGUCCCCAGGUGUGGUGGCGAGCUUGUCCGAGCCUGGCACGCCCAGCUCAGGCUUCCUCACCCCCACCACGCCCCCCUCGAGCUACAGCCCUGGCCUGCAGGCAUCCUCCCCUCUGCCCAGUGGCGCCCCCUGGAGGUCAGAACAGGCAGCAGAGGAGCUGAGCGUAGAGCUGAAGAUGAGGGAGAGGAUGAGAAAUCGUCCCAGGGACAGACCUCGAGAGAUGGGCAGUGAGGCUUCUGGAGCUUCCCUCCAUCCGUUCCUGCAACAGGAGCCAGGAUGCAGCCAAGGGAGGGCCGACCAGGAUGGCCAAGCAGAGGUCUUAUUCCCUCAGGUGUUCUGCAGCCAGCCAUGUGACUUGAUUGGUCAAGACUUUGAACUACCAAGGCAAAUCACCGCAAGUCCGAUGCAAAGUUCACCCAAUGUUCGAAGUCUAGAGGAGGAGCUUCAGGAGGCCAUCCAAAGAGUGCAAAUGACUCCUACUCAGUCCAUUGAUGAUAUUUUGGAAGGGACCAUUGUUCAUUCAGGUGAUGCCGCCCCUGUUAGUGCGAUCCAAUCACCUGUCAAUGUCCUCGCCGGAUCCUCCCCACCACCACAAUCCGACCAAUCGCAGGCACCUCAGAGCCAGUCCAGGGAUGAGAACUUCCUCUCGUCCCCUCUCUGCUCCUCUCUCCUGUUGGAGCUUCCUCCCUCUCCGUCAAGCACCCUGCCCCUCACUCCUGCGCCUCCUCCCCCACCUCCUCCUUCCAUCUGCACCACUCCACCCCCGAGCGUCAGCUCCAGGAAGAGGCGUGAGGUCGCCACUUUUGACCCCGCUGACUGGCUGGAGUCGCUGACGUCUGGCUUCCGACCUCUCACCCCUCCCGCUGCCCCGUUCAUCGAGACGGACUUUGGCCUCGAUUCAGAUCUGAGCGUAAACCGGGUUCUGGAUCUGAUGGUAGAACAGUGGUGAAGGAGGUGUAUAGCUUCUCUGUGUUUAUGUGUGUGUGUAUGUGUAGAUGUUUGUCUUGAUGAGUCCCUAUGUGAGUGAGUGUGUAUGUAACUGGAUGUGUGCUUGGGUGUCACCUUUAUGUCAAAGCCACAUACAACAGGUGAAACCACACAUUGUUCCAUGGAUGCAUCCAUCGAUCCAUCCAAGCAUUCUUCUACCCAUCCAUGCAUCCAUUACUGUCAACUGAUGUGACCAAACAGAUAAUUACAGAGAAGCAUUGACAGCAAGCCUGUGUUCCACGCAAUGUCGAGAGACAGACACUGCUGAGAGGUGGAGUGAGUGACAAAAUAGAAAGAAAGAGAGAGAGAGAGAGAGAGAGAGAGAGAAAGCUGCUUUGGUGACUCAUACUGAGACAGCAUACACAUCCUGUAUAUACAAUACAAGCACACUUGUGAUGUGCCUGGAAUUCAAACACUUUAAAAUGUAUGUUGUAAUACAAAACAAAAUGUAAAAAAAGACAAAAAAGACAAAUGAAACAAAAAAGAAAAA